AUGGCUGACAAGCGCUCUCCUUCGCCCGCGACCGAGAAGCACGAGGACGCACGGCCUGCAUCGCGACCUCGCUUGGACGACGAAAUGGAUCCCGCCCCACCCGCGCAGGCUUCGGAGGUUGCUGGAGAGGCGCACACCGCUGCUGAGGCUGUGGAGGUGACAGAGGACGGGACAGAGGAGGACAAGGAAGAGGUCGAGCCCGAAGAAGAGCCGCGAGAGAAGGGCGUCAAGCCGGAGGAGCUCAAGACGAUCAGGGAGGCCUACGAGGACGGGUCGCUCGAGGGCUACACGGACGCAGAGGACAUCGUCUACCCGCACAAGUCAGAGCUUAACGACAAGGUCAUCAUCUGGCGCGGUGACAUCACGAAACUCGCGGUCGACUGCAUCGUCAAUGCUGCGAACAAGUCGCUUCUCGGCGGCGGAGGCGUCGACGGUGCCAUCCACUCCGCAGCAGGCCACACCCUCUACGACGAAUGCAAAAAGCUCAACGGCGCCGACACGGGCGAGACCAAGCUGACAGGCGGCCACCGCCUUCCCGCGAAGCACAUCGCGCACACUGUCGGACCCAUCUUCAGCCGGAACAAGCGCGAGUGGUGUGAGGAGAAGUUGAGGAGUUGUUAUACCUCGACUUUGGGGUUGUGCGUCGAGAAGGGGUUGAGGAGCGUGGCGUUCUCGGGCAUAUCGACGGGCGUGUACGGCUAUCCGCUGGACGACGCGGCGCAGGUAGCGUGCGAUGAAGUCCGGAAGUUCCUCGAGGGCGAAGACGGCGACAAGAUCGACCAUGUCAUCUUCUGCGUCUUCCGCCAGAUUGACGUCAACUCCUACCUUGACAACGUUCCGGCCUACUUUCCCCCUCCGCCCGGCUUCAAGAAGACGGUGAAGGGGGACGCAGCAGCUGAAGAAGAGUCGAAGGACGAUGAUGGCGCGGAGAAGAAGGCGGAAGAAGGAGAGGCGGCGGCGGCUGGCGAGAAGAAGAACGAGUGA